AAUAUGGUUGUUGUAUCACCACAUUGAUAAAUAUGUAAUGUUCACCGACCUUUUAGAUAACGUAUAGUACAUUGUCCUUCAGGAAUAUGAAACACAAAAACAGUGAGUUGUACUUAUAUGAAAAUGUCGAUUUACGUCCACUUGAAAUAUGACUCUUAACAUCCGGUAUCACUAAUUAAAUUAGUAAUAAUCUUUAAAAUGGAUCAGACUUAUUCAGUUUAAACAAGUGGAUCAAAAAGUGCAGUGAGGAUAAUAUCGUAUAAAUAGCUUCCAAGACUACUAAAUUAUUUUCGUAUUAUUUGUGUGUUUAUAGUUUAAUACGCGCGAUAAGUUUUAUCAGUUUGUCAAUAAUACUCAACAUGUGUGAUUGUUCAUUUCUAGACUUUAAACAUGAGGUUUGAAUGGGGUCCGUGAAAUGGAUUGAAGACAUUGUUAGAUAAUAAUUUGUGUAGAAGUUCAAUGUUUUCGAUUUGGAUUGCAAACAAAAGACAGUAUGUUUGUUUCGAGAAAUUGUGGGAAAAUAUAUGUUAACGUUGUGGUCAAACUCUUAUUAUCUACAUUCCUAUUUGUGUUCAUGGUUCAGCUGACAUAUCUUCAUACUUACAGAGUGGAAGAAAAUCGGUCGGAUCACACACAACAACUCACACGAAGUCCAAACAAUGAGGAUCUCACGGACUCAAUUGAACCAGAGCCGCAUGUUCAACGUGAUAAUACACCACCGUUAAAGUACUUUCCAGAUUUGUUCUUCAAGCCUCCACACCAGCCACUUUUAUACGGAAAACCAAGAAGGAAGAAAGGAUAUUUGACCAUUGGAAUACCAUCUGUCCAACGACCAAACACAGAGAGAAUAUAUCUGUACGAUACUCUGGAUUCUAUACUCGAAAAGAUGCCUGAGAAUGAACAUCAGCAAAUCACAUUAGUAGUCAUGGUCUCUGAUGCCAACAAAACAUAUAAUAAUGAAUUAUCUACAAGUGUAUAUAAAAGAUAUAAAGCGUUUUGUGAUCAUGGAAUUAUCCAUGUUAUCAACACGGUUGAUUGUAUAUAUCCUGAUUUAGAUAAUGUCAAACGAACGUUUAAUGAUUCUCAGGCGAGAUUAAAGUGGCGAGCGAAACAAAAUAUAGACUUUGCAUUUAUGAUGCUAUACAGCAGAAAUGUAUCUGAGUUUUAUAUUCAGCUGGAGGAUGACGUCAUCGUGGCUACAGAUUUUAUACAAGAUAUUCGAAAUGUUAUCGCGAGUACAUCCCAGACUUGGUUUCUUUUAGAAUUUUCUCGUUUAGGUUUUAUAGGCAAAUUAUUCCGGUCUUCUGAUUUGGAAUUCGUUUCAAUGUUUCUUUUAAAACAUUAUGAUCUCGCUCCGUGUGAUCUACUCCUAGGAACAAUUAGACUUGAAAAGGGACAAAAGAAACCUAUUCAUACAAAUAAUAGUCUGUUUCAACAUAUAGGUAAAUUUUCAUCUUUGAAGAACAAAUUAAUGCCUUCCGUAGAUAAUACCUUUAAAGAUGUUUCACAAAUUGACUUGUAUGAAGAUUUACCUUUAGGCGAUAAUCCGCCAGCACAAAUCAACACAUCAAUGAUAAUCUUCGAUGGUCAUAUCCCCAACCAUGCAUACGACAAUAACAAAACUACAUAUUUUUGGGCAAAAACACCAAGGAAAAGAGACCAUUUUACAUUGACUUUUGAAAAACCCUGCAACUUUUCUAGAAUAAUCAUAACUUCAGGAGAACGUGGAACAAAAAAAGAUUCGUUCCUAGCCUCGGCUUUGCUUUAUUCAGUGUCAACCCCGCUAGAGGCGUCUGACAGAAAACAUGCAUGUGUUAAUAAAUUUUUGAAACUUGUAAGUCUGGUGGAUGGUGAAAUUGAUACCAAAGCUACAGGAACAUCUAUUCCAAGUAACAUUAAAUGCUUAAGAAUUUCGGCGACAAAAGUUAUUAAAAAUUGGAUUAUUAUAAGAGAUAUUCAAUUGUUCUUGAAGAAAUAGAAUAUUUAUGAUCAGAGAUAUCACAUAUUGUAAAUAUGGGCAAUACCUCAGGGAUGCUAUAUGUUAUAAAGGGCUGUAAUAUUUUUCACAUUUUUUAAAACAGAAAUUGUAUGCAUUAUAUUGUAUUUGAUAAUUUCAGACACUAAUUUUAUCCAGUUUGAACAGUUUGAAAUAUUCUGUUAUUUUGUUUUAUAUAAAUCAAGGCCUACAAAAGCACAUUGAUAAAUACAUUUAUUUCGCUA